CUCCCCGGCCGCAAUUUCAAUUGGUUUCUGGGAAAAAAAAAAGCUCUCAGUUCCCUUUCUGAGCGUGGCCAAAUGAAAAUAAACACAGAAUCCRUGAGAACGGCCAGAGCGAGCCAGCCCUGGGGAGCAUGGACAGGCUGUGUCCUGCWGCUGGCGGAGGUGACACGAGCAGUGUCACAUCCCACGGACACCUCGCAGGCGGGGAGGACCUUGCCGGGGGUCCGGACGCCUGUGCCCACCCUCCGUGUUCCCCAGGUGAGGAGUGCGAGUCCUGCUGGCCCCGCUCCCCCGAGCCGCCGCCCCGCUGGGACCGCCCGCAGCGCCGGAGCCGCUCCUGCCGGGGCUGCAAUUCCCAGCUGCAGGAAGCUGCCAGGAGGAAGCUGUGGGCCCUGGAGAGCGAUGACAGAGGUGUCUGUGCCCUGUUCAAGGAGCUGUCAGCCAGGCUGGUCUGUGUGCAGGCACACGAGGAUCGCUUCCUCCUCACCUUCAAAACCCUGGAGGAAGUCUGGAAGUUCUCCACGUAUCUGACUUUAGGGUACGUGGGGAGCUGCCUGGAGCAGCUGCUCUUUGGCCAGGAGUUCUGGCUGGACUGUGCCCUGGUGGAGGACACGGAGCUCAGGGUCAGCCUGGAUCAGGAGCACCUGGCCACCAUCUACACAGACCUGCUCCUCCAGGAAGGGAAUUUUUUCUGCAGGGCRGUGCCCGGGGUCUGGAAGUCGGAGCAGGAGGGAGAGGAAGGCCUGCAGCUCUGCAGGAAUGAGCUGAUCCAUGUGAAGAGCGUUGGGCAGGACUGCAGAUGGGAAGGGACGUCCCUGCAGACGGGGCAGCGAGGCGUGGUGCCCCUGGCAGCCCUGSAGCCCAUUCCUCACCCCUUUCACCAGUGGUUCCUGAAGAGUCACCCCGUGAGCUUUGGCCUCUCACAGGAGAUCAGYGGGACGAGCUGCCAGGCCAUUGUCAGAGGCAGAUGUGUCGCCACCAAGGACCACCGAGGAGCAGYGUGGGAUGAGCUGAGCUUCUCCAAAGGAGACCCCAUAGAAAUCAUCGGCUUCAUCAUCCCUGGCCUCCCGUGGUUUGUGGGCAAAUCCCUCAGCACCGGGAGCAUCGGCUUCGUUCCCACCCGGCACGUAAAUCCCGAGGCUUGUGAACCCCUGGGGAACGACUUCGUGUUCUUGAGCGAAGAGGAGAAGUCCCCUCUGCUGCAGGUGCCUGGCAAUGGUGAUGAGCAGCGCUUUGCCACCCUCCUGGGAGAGCUGGCACACACCGACAUCACCUCCGUGUACAGGCUGGAUGGUUUUGAACCCACGGCCACGUUCCCCAAAGUGCCAACAGACCCUGCUCCCCAUGGCAGUGCAGAAAUCCAGGUGCUGCAAUCCUGGGAGGAAAUAAAGGACUGGGCCACCAGCAGCACCUCGGAGCUGUCCAGCCCCAGCAGCGAAGCAGCCCCUGGCACCCUGGAGGAUGUUCUCCUGGAGAAGCUGGACGACUUGGAUUAUCCCAAGUUCUUCAUYGACCUCAAUGCUGGACACAUGGAGGACGCUGAUGUCUUUGACCCCAUACUGACCUUCCUGAACCAAGACAGUUUYGUGCCCACUUUUCAGAGCUUUUAUGAUCUCAGCUUUUCCUUCCUCCACUCCACCUUUUACGGUUUCUCUGACGAGGAUGAACUGGUCCUGUACCUCGAGACAUCCCGGAACUGGGCCAAGAGGACUCAUUCUGUCUGGGCUCAUGUCAGGCUCUGUUUCCUCCUGGGUAAACUCUGCAUCAAAAAGGUCAAGCUCUCCCAGGCUCGGGUKUACUUUGAGGAAGCCAUGAGUGUCCUGGACAGGGGCUUUGGGGACCUGCCCCUGCUGGCCGCGCUGCAUGUGAGCCUGGCCUCCAUCUACCUGAAACAGAACACGAGGCACAAAUUCUCCUCCCUGCUGGGGAAAACCGUGGCACUGCUGGUGGGGCUGCCUGGCCACUCCUUCAGCUCGGACAGCGAGCUGGACCUGCUGCUCUACCUGCUGAGGGAAUCCAUCGCCGUGGGCAACGCUGCCUUGGAGGCCCGGAGCUGCUUCCUGGUGGCCAAACUCCUCCUGCAGCUGGGCAGGACCGAGGAGGUGCUGCCCUUUGUGGAGCAUCUCCAGUGCCUCAGCAUCACCGGGCUCGGGCCAGGUGCCCGCUCUGGGUCUCUGGAUGCCACUGCCACCCUGUGCCACCUCUACGACAAGAAAUACCUGCCCAACAUCGCGCUGGCCUCCGCCAGGUCCUUUGUGCCCAGCGGUGCCAAGGGGACGCCGAGCCCCAUCUGGAGAGCCGGYUUCAUCCUCCAAAAUGCUUGCAGAGCCCUGGGAAAGCAGCUGGACAGGAGCAGCAUCCCGGCACUGGCCUGUGUGCCCGUGCAGCAGGCGCUGAGGUUCUGCUGUGACAGCCGGGCUGUGGCCAUGCAGAGGACGCUCUGUGCCCUCCUGUCCCGGCUGUACCUGCAGCACGGGGCCCUGCACGGRGCUGUGUGCCACGCCAACAGGGCUGCGGCCCUGGGCAAGCUGAUGGGUGAUGAGGAGGCCUUUGAGUCCUCGCUGUCGCUGGGGUGGCUGUACCUGCUGCAGGAGCGGCCGGGCCCUGCCGGGGACAUCUUGCAGCCACUGCUGCGCUCCCUGCGCCGCWCCGACAGCGAGAGCCAGCGCGGGGCCGUGCACAACCUGCUGGCCAUGGCCCUCAGGGGACAGGGACACAUCCAGGAGGCUGCAGAGCACUUCCUGAGAGCCCUGCACAAGGCCAAGGAGACGGGCAGCAGGAGGAACCAGGCGGUGUCCCUGGCAAACCUGGGCCAGCUGAGCCUGUCGUGCGGGGCCGCCCAGCUGGCYGAGCUCUACCUGCUGUGGUCAGUGCGGCUCUACGCCGAGCUCCAGGGCCACCARCAGCUGGACGUGGAGCUGGCACGGGUGCUGCUGUGGCUGGCACAGGCYCUGGUGGACAGGCAGAGGACGGAAGAUGCCAAACUCUGCUACGAACUGGCGCUGGCGUUCGCCCUGAGGUGGCAGAACCUGAGCAGUCAGCUGCACAUCACRGAGUGCCUGUGCCAUUUCUACAGCGAGGUGUGCCCCGACCUGCGUGCCAGCCUCSCCUACCACGAGCACCGCGUGGCCUUGGCACAGCAGCUGCACGACAGGGAGCUGGAGGGCAGCGCCAGGCAGGCUCUGAGCCAGCUCUACCAGGCUCUGGGCACACCGGGGGCUUUGAGACAGUCCCUGGACUGCACCAAGCAGAGCCUGAGGAUCUUCAUUGACCUCGAGGAGGCUGUGAAGGCAGCAGACGCCUGGCUGCAGGCAGGAAAGCUCUAUUAUCUCCUGCAGGAAGAUGAGCUGGUGGAAAUGUAUUUCCAGGCAGCCAUUCAGAUUGCUCUGAAAUGGGACAACUUCUCCUUGGCCAUGGAGCUUUACGAGAAAGCAGGAGACACUUUCUUCAACGGCAGCMGGAACAGGGAGAGAGCCGUGGAGUUUUACAGGGGAGGAGCUGUGCCCUUGGCCAGGAAACUCAAGGCCACGCAGACRGAGCUGCGGCUGUUCAAUAAACUGGCAGAGCUGCAGAUCGGCCUGCAGGGCUACGAGAAGGCUCUGGAGUUUGCCACGCUGGCAGCCAGGCUCAGCCUCAGGGUUGGGGACCAGCUGCAGGAGCUGGUGGCAUUCCACCGCCUGGCCACAGCCUACGAGCUGCUGCACAUGUACGAGAUGGCCGAGGAUUGCUACCUGAAGACGCUGGCCAUGCGUCCCCCCGUGCUGCAGAGCUCRGGAGAGGCUCUGUACUACUGCAAGAUCUACUGGCACCUGGGCAACCUGGCUCUGCACAAGCUCAAGGACGAACAGGACGCAGCCUCCUACUUCCUGCUGGCCCUCGCUGCAGCCACCGAGCUGGGAGACCAGGAGCUGCAAACCAUGCUCCGUGCCAAGCUGGGCACCAUCCCCAGAGCCCCAGGGGGACCCGAGGGCACGCCAGGCUGUGCCACGGGCCGGCCCCGCUGGCUGAGCGAAGGUGGCCGUGUGGUGUGACCYRUYUG